CUUUUGAGGAAAUCAAUGUUUCCACAGUGGCAAAGGUCCUUUUCGUUUGUUGUGUAUUGUUCUCCGUGAAAACACAACAAAAAUUCCGUAAAAAAAUUUACAGUGUACAAUAUUUUUGUUUCUUUUUUUUCAUAGAAAUAUUGUGAAUAUUAAAAAACAAAAUGACAAUCAAAUAAAAGUGUUGUUUGAGAUUAUUGUACAAGUUACUUUGCCUGUUUGUUUGCUGACGCUGCUGAGUCGUAUGGUGGAGACGGCUUUUUGCAACAUAAGAACCCCUCAUACUUUUUAAUCACAGUCUCAAAAUUUUAAGGGAGUCAAAUUGUGUUAAACUUUCAUUAAUUCAUACAAAAGGUCGAAAAAAAGGAAAAAAAAUAAUCAGAAAAAAUCUAAUUUACUGUAUAAUGAAAAAAGUCAAUAGCCUGUGAAAAUGUCAAAAAAUAAAAAGGUGGAGCAAAUUAUCCAGAGCGAUAAAGUGUAUUCCAGCGACAAGGAUAAUGCUGGUAAUAAAUCUACAUCAUCGUCACCUUUGCAUCCGAUUGAGCAACAGGAAAAUCAACAACACUCUACCACCAAUGCCAUCGGAGGAGGCAUCCAAGCUGAAGCUGAACAAUGGCAGUCAAGCGGUAUUGUCAAAACCACCAGUCAAGGAUCAUCACCACAACCACCGCUGCCGACGGUCGGAAUUCAAGCCACCGGAACUCCAGAACACAUGCGUGGCGCAGCAACAAAGGAUAUGUUUGAUUUAAUUGAAAGAGUUCAAUGUUCGCGGAUCGAUGAUCAAAGAUGUGUACUUCCGGCGUAUUUUUCUCAGCUCCCCUAUUGAACAUCAAUCUUAUGAAGAAAAUAAUAAAUUCUUAAAAAGUUAUACCUUUUAAAAGGAUAAUUUAAACUUUUUAAGUCGAUAACAGAAUGGAACUCUCUCGGAAUAAGGAAAAAGCAAUGCAAUGUUUCAAGGGACGCACAAAAAUUAUGUAGAAAUUGAAUGCCGCAGAAUAAAAAGGAUGAUGACUUCUUAUUUCAACAGCAUCAGUUAUAAAACAAUAAACUAAUAAUAUUAAGUAUUAUCUAUACAGUUAUUACCAAAAAAACAAACAAUCUAAAACAAAAUGUAAUAUUGUUGGAAGCAAUUAAAAGAAACAAAUUUGUAUGUUGAAAUUAAAAAUGUAAGGAUAUAAAUUAAACAAAAGUGUUAAUUGUUUUAGAGAAUGUAAACAA